CCGCGUUCGUUAAUCUGCCACCGAGAGGACAGGAGGAACCUUCCCGCACUUAUCCGAAGCACACUUCGCCACUCGUCCUCCGGCCGUCCGCCCGCCGGAGACCCAUGGCAGCCGUCUUGUCCUUCGGACCUGCCGCUGUCGGAGGGCCGGUGCGUCAUCGGACUAAUUCCUCUCGUCGAAGCCCGACGCGUCUCGCCGCGGAUCUCAGAGAAACCCCUUCUGCCUCCGUGAAAACCGAAGACGAAGAGAGGCUGGGCGAGGGUACCGCCGUGUCGCCACCCCCAGGCUUCAAGCCCCCGCAACCAAAGCGAUUCUCUGCCCGGCCCGACAAAAUCGUCGACGUGCUGUCGGCGUCACUCGCACUGCCCUUCCGUCUCGGCACCGGCGCCUUCGCCUUAGGAUACAGUGCUUCUUUUGUAUCAGAAGAGGAGAUCCCUCCAAGUGUGUAUUCAACUUUCAAAAUUGCUGGCUUGAAGCUGAAGGAGACUUCAAAAUUGGGUCCUAGGCCUGAAAUGCCCAUUGAGAUCUAUGAGUUUGAAAGCUGCCCCUUUUGUCGUAAGGUUAGAGAAAUCGUGAGUGUAUUGGAUCUAGAUGUUCUGUACUAUCCUUGCCCACGGAAUGGCCCAACCUAUCGUCCCAAGGUUAUACAAAUGGGUGGAAAGUCGCAGUUCCCAUACAUGGUGGAUCCAAACACUGGUGUUGCUAUGUACGAGUCAGAUGAUAUAAUAAACUACUUGGUUGGGAAAUAUGGUGAUGGGACCCGCCCGUUUAUGCUAUCACUUGGGUUAUUAACGACUCUAACUGCAGGAUUUGCAAUGAUUGGUCGUAUGGGAAAGGGCUCUUCAUAUACUCCAUCAAAAGCCCCACCUAAACCACUUGAGUUAUGGGCAUAUGAGGCUUCCCCUUUCUGUAAGAUUGUCCGUGAAGUUAUGGUUGAGCUGGAGUUGCCACACUUGCUUCACAGCACUGCUCGUGGUAGUCCGAAUCGGCAGAAGCUAUUCGAGAGGGCUGGGCAUUUUCAGGCACCUUACCUGGAAGACCCAAAUACUGGGGUUAAGAUGUUUGAAAGUGCAGAGAUUAUAGACUACCUGAAAACAACCUACAUGCUUCCAGCGUCGUGAUCGUCCUCAAGAUGGCACAUUUGAUCCUUUUAUGAACUGUAUGUUUUGCUUCCUGAUCCUAUGUGCUUUUGUGCUUGAAGAAGUCAUUGUGAGACAAGUGACGAAAGCUAGGUUCCCCUGAGUGUUCUGUUUGUCACUGCAUGUGUAAAAUGAAUGUAACCUACUCUUGGUUGUAAGUUGUAACUGUGGUCAUGCUAAGACCAAAAGUUGUGAAUCUCAAGACCAUGUGUGCUUAAAACCAAAAUAGAGAAAUCUUCUGCCAUUCAACUA